AUGCGACGCUCACUCGCACCAUCAAAACGAGAGCACUCCAACACUGCCUCCGCUCACUCAGUGUCCAAUCCCACUAGUAGUGCUUCCCUCCAUGUCCCUGCCCUUCCAGCAAAGCGUCGGAGACUUUUCACUUCCCCCCUACUACCAAAGAAUGUCUCUACUGCUACAGAAAACCACGCAAGGCACCAAGAAGAUAACGGAGGAGAUCUUGAUGCGCUCAAUAAAGUAGAGCCAGGGAGCUGUUAUAGUGUGGUCUAUCGAAAGAAGCAGCAGAAAAAGCAUAAGACUUGGGAUGCAGACGGUAUACUAGUUGUACACACAAGAAGCGCACUUCUUCAGAAUAUGGAAGGCAAAGUGUAUGAUCGUGCCGUUAAGAAAGAUCUCUCUCGACACUUGCUUGAGAGCGCUAUUAGGCUAGGUAAAUGCGGACUCCCCUCAGCACCACUUGCUGAAGGAUCAAUGAUUACUAUCGGUAAUAGAGAAGUCGAGGUUGGGAGUCUCCUUGCAUGGAGUGAUUACACGAGCGGACAGUGCUACAUUGAGUCACAAGGAGAACCGGUUUUAAACCCAACGAAAGGAUUUAAAAAGUUCAAAGCCCUCUCGGGAAAUAUUGCCUGCUCGUCCACAGUUGCCAAAAUUGCCAGCCCUCGCCAUAAUCCAUAUGCUUCAAAUGCUCUUGUGAUGCCACGACCAGUGACGGAAGAUGGAGGGCAAGUAAAAGAAUGUCCUCGCUACAAAUUGUCACUGGCCUCAUGGGUGACAUAUAGGAGAACUGCUCAAAUAAUUGAUGUCGUCGUGGAUCCCGUCAUCUCAUCACAUCUACGACCACACCAACGAGAAGGUGUUGUAUUUCUUUAUGAAUGUGUCAUGCAAAUGAGAGAUUUCAACGGUGCUGGCGCUAUCUUAGCUGAUGAGAUGGGACUUGGGAAGACCGUACAAACCAUAGCUGUAAUAUGGACCCUUCUCAAGCAGACUAGCAUCGCAGGCUCUCCACCUCCGGUGAAACGCGCCUUGAUAGUUUGUCCGGCAACUUUGGUCGAAAAUUGGAAGAAUGAGUUCAGAAAGUGGUUAGGGGACGAGAGAAUUCGAGUAUUUGCAGUUGAUGAGAAAUCACAGAUUGCAGAUUUUAUUGUAAGUCGCCUAUAUCAAGUGCUUGUGAUUGGGUACGAGAAAAUGAGAGCGUUGCAAGAUGAAAUAGCCAAAGCGAACUUCGAUAUCGCUGUUUACGAUGAAGGGCAUAGACUUAAGAACAGUCAGAUAAGAACAGCACAGGUAAUGAAGCAGCUUCAAACGAGCCGGCGUAUCCUUUUAUCGGGGACACCGAUGCAGAACGAUCUGAGCGAGUUUUUUUCGAUAAUUGACUUUGUAAAUCCAGGGGUCUUGGGAACUUUCAAUACUUUCAAGAAAGUGUUCCAAGAUCCAAUCAUGAAAAGCCGCGAUCGCAGCUGUACUCCCGAGGAGUACGACUUGGGACAAAAAAGAUCCAAAGAAUUGUCCCGGUUGACGCACAUGUUUAUUUUACGUCGGACUAGCGAAGUUAACGCUAGAUACCUGCCACCUAAGUCCGAAUUUGUUCUGUUUUGCCGACCCACUGCAUUGCAGCUGAGCAUGUAUCGUCAUAUUCUCGGCUCCCCCGAUGUGAAGACGUGCAUCCACGAUGCGGGAAAAGAUAUGAGCAAUAUUCUAGAGUUUUCUACGAUGCUUAAGAAGCUGUUAAAUGCCCCCCAGCUGGUGACCAAUGAGCGGGUGGCCGAUUUCCCCAUCCUGGCUCCUGAAGUUUUAAAUGACGUACGACAGGAUGCUCAAUUCAGUGGGAAAAUGUCUGUCCUAGCAUCUCUUCUGCGAAGCAUCAGAGAAACCACCCAAGAAAAGGUUUUAAUUGUGUCCAACUGGACACAAACGUUGGAUCUUAUCGAAACUCUAUGCACGCAGAGGGCAUAUGGGCUUCUGCGCCUGGAUGGCAAGACCCCGGUUGCCAAACGUCAAAAAUACGUCGACCAGUUUAACACUUCAAAUGCGUAUUUCGUCUUUUUGUUGAGCAGCAAGGCUGGAGGAGUAGGGUUGAAUCUCACUGGGGCCAGCCGAUUGAUUCUUUACGAUAUUGAUUGGAAUCCUAGUAUCUGUCAGCAAGCCAUGGCGCGCAUCUGGCGAGAUGGUCAGUCCCGGGAUGUAAAAAUAUAUCGACUUCUCAGUACCGGAACGAUAGAAGAGAAAAUAUAUCAAAGACAAUUAACAAAGAUUUCCCUAAGCGAUGCUCUGAUCGAUGAUAAAGAAACCGGGAUGAACGCAUUCACCUCGCAGGAAUUGAAAGAUCUCUUUACUCUCGAUGAAAACACAGAAUGUCUUACGCACGAUUUGCUGGGAUGCAGCUGCCAGAAGGGGAUGAUUUCCUCCACCACAACAACUUUCACGGAGAAAUUCAGUGAACUAAAAUGCUGGGAGCACUUAUCAAGUGGGAUGGUUGAGCGGCUGCAGGAAGUGGAUCCUGUCAUCACAAGAGCACUCUCUCAAGAACCUGCGUUAAGAAAACCCCUCUCGUAUAUUUUCCACAAGGCGACAGUUCGCGGUGGAUCGCUUACAUCGACAUGA